GUCCUAACAAAUGACCAACUUUUGCAUAUAAAAGUGCGCAAUCCAAAGGCGUUAUCAUCUUCAAUUUCCUCUUAAACCUCCCACCCUAAAUCCAAACUUGAAGCUGAAAUCAAAACCAGGAAGCAUCAAUGAUGCACACAAACAACAACAACAACAACAACAACAACAAGGCCAUUUUAGUUUUAGUGGCGUUGUUUCUGUUAUCGACAUUAGCCACAUGCCAGUGUUGGAACCCAUAUAACCCAUUGGGAGAGAAAAAAACCGUGGAAGUGAGGAACGAGCUGGAAGGAGGGCCGAACAUGAUGCUCCACUGCAAGUCCGCAGACGACGAUCUGAAAGCGAGAACGUUAAUGCCUCAUCAAGGAUUCCACUGGUCCUUCCACCCCAACUUCUUCGGAGGAACGCUCUUCUUCUGCGCCAUGGACUGGGGAGAGGGAGGGCUUCAUUGGUUCGACAUCUACGUCAAUUACAGGGACAACAAGAGGUGCAAAUUCUGCAGCUGGAGCAUCAAGAAGAGCGGGCCGUGUUUGGUGUUUAAGGAUCGUCUUGUUGGAAAUUUGGUUGAACCGGACUAACCAAGUCAAACUGGUUUUGGGUUGGACUGACCAACCGGUUUGGGAUUAGACCGACCGAACCGAUAUUCUAAUUUCGUGAAGGGACACAUCCCUUUGGCCUAGUGGCGGUUGCAUUAUUUUAUGGAUAAGGAUAACCUUAUGGAUAGAGGCAACCCUUCAUCUGGAUAAGGAUAACCUUUCAUAUGGAUAGAAGCAACCUUUCAUAUGGAUAAAGACAACCUUUCGUAUGGAUAAAGGCAACCUUUCAUGAAACAAUGCAUGGAUUCGGCCCCUAUAAAUAUAUGGGUGGGGUGGAUGGUGCCACAGACCAUCAAACAGAUUCUUCUUCUUUCUUCCAAAAAUUUCUAAGUAUGCUUUAGAGUUCUUGAGCCUAGAACCUAAAGUGGUGAUAGUUUUAUCCUCGGGAGAAAUUUCCUGUAACCCUAGGCUUGUUGAGGGUGGAAAUAUUCUUUUCGGAAAGUGAACGUUGUUCACGACUCUAUCACAAUCCUGGUCACCCGGUCUCGGGCUAUCGUACGUAUACCCUCGUCCCUAAAAGUCUCAACACGUCUGUCUUGUUAUCAUUGGAAGCCACAAAGCAUGUGGAGGGAGUACAUACAAGAGUGAUAAACAAUAAAAGACUUAGCAUGCA